UAAAGUUGGUGUUUGCGUGCAUGAUGGAACUGUCCAAGUUCCCUCUCGAUUCACAAGUCUGUACCAUGGAGAUAGCCAGCUUUUCCAAGACGAUGAAGGAGUUGAAGCUCUCCUGGAAGAGCGACAUGCCCAUCAAGAUGUACAAGAACAUGCGGAUGCCCCAGUUCGAGAUGGAGAAGAUAGUACCCACCACCUGUCAGGAGUCUUUCCAGAUAGGUAACUACAGCUGCCUGGUGGCUGAAUUCCACAUGCGUCGAGCCAUUGGCUUCCACCUGGUACAGAGUUACCUCCCCACCAUCCUCAUCGUGGUUAUCUCCUGGGUCUCCUUCUGGAUGGAUGUGGAUUCUGUACCUGGGAGAACGACCCUGGGCGUCACCACUCUCCUUACCGUCUCCUCCAAGUCCUCAGGCAUACAAGCGGGGCUGCCUCAGGUCUCCUACGUCAAGGCCAUUGAUGUCUGGAUGGGCGCCUGUACAGCCUUCGUGUUUUGCGCCCUGCUGGAGUUCACCUUCGUCAAUUACCUAUGGCGUCGACGACCCCAGGUGGAACUGCGUUCUAGGGGCGGCUCGAACGGCACCUGCCUGGCGGAGCGCUACGCCCAUAUCACCACCUACGCCCACCCUCAGAAGUCAACAGGGGCGCCCGUCCCAAGUCCCACCGAAGUGAAGAUUACUCCAGCGGGAGGCAGCGCUGUGGUCACCACUCCAGGGAGCGCCGCUCCUGGUGGCUCCGACGUGCACAAGAGUGCCACGUCGCCGGGGCACGAAGACACCAGCCACAUGACGGCCCAGUUCGUCAGAGCCAUCAAGCAGAGCAACAAGAUCAAGGCUCGACAGAUCGAUGAGUACUGCCGCGGGCUCUUCCCUCUUCUCUUCGGCCUCUUCAACAUCUUCUACUGGUGCUACUACAUGCUCUAGGUGCUCACUGGCUCUACGACCUGCCUUGGCUCUAUGGGCUCACAGGGUGAAUGAUUCACUGGCACUAGGUGCUCACUGGCUCUAUGGGCUCAAAGGCUCUAUGGGCUCAAAGGCUCUUGGAGUUCGUUGCGGACGGUCAACACCACAGCGGGUGAACCUAUCCUGCAACCUCACCCGCUUGCUUGCUUGCAAGGUCAUCCACAAGCGCUGAUCUUGCAAGUCCUGUGGAUGACUCGAAGCUCAUCCUCAGCCACUCACUGGGUAGUUACGCUUAAACCAGGCUUCCUGUCUCAUAACUAGCUCACAGCGAAUCUCUUACGAGUGCUGUGGAGAAUGGCAUCUCAAGUACCCGCUAUAUUAAGUCUCUUCAUGCUAUCCACACACACAAAAAUAAUGUACAUACAUACAUACAUGGCUACGAGGUCUUCUGAUGACAAUUUAAAAAUAGUAAUCACUAUUAUAUAUUACAAGUGGAACUACGAUGACUUUAUUUGCUGUCUGCUUGCGCGAUGUUCCAGGAGAUCGCGUCGAAAUAUGUCAACACACACAUGAACACGUGGAACCGUGAAGCUGUACCACAACACAGCACACACAGGGAAGGUCACCGUGAAGCUGUAUCACAACACAACACACACAGGGAAGGUCACCGUGAAGCUGUUCAACAACACAGCACACACAGGGAAGGUCACCGUGAAGCUGUACCACAACACAGCACACACAGGGAAGGUCACCGUGAAGCUGUUCAACAACACAGCACACACAGGGAAGGUCACCGUGAAGCUGUACCACAACACAGCACACACAGGGAAGGUCACCGUGAAGCUGUUCAACAACACAGCACACACAGGGAAGGUCACCGUGAAGCUGUACCACAACACAGCACACACAGGGAAGGUCACCGUGAAGCUGUACCACAACACAGCACACACAGGGAAGGU